AUGGCCUCCCAUGUCAAUACUGUUGAUGCCUUGAGUGACAGUGACUUAGAUGCUCCUACUCAAGAGCUCCCUGGUGGUGUUGAGGAUGCCACCCCUCCAAAGCCCACCAUGCCAAUUCCAUCGCCAAAGACACCAGCCAAACCGAAGCGCCCUGCAUCUUCCAGUGCAGCAGCUGCCCCAAGAGCCUCAAAGUCUGAUGCAGGAGCUGCCAAAAAAAGACCAGCUUUAAAGCGCCCUGCGGCAUCCGUUGCUUUUGGAGAGACCUAUGGUGGUAAUAUCCCUGACCCCAAGAACAAGAACGAGAAGAAGCCCCGCACUGCGGCCAGUUUGGAUUCUGAUGGGAACCCGGACCUGACCAUGAAGUAUCGUUUUGCCCCCAUGCAGAAGAAAGGCUCAAGUGCUAUUCUUCGAUAUGAUGAAAAUGGGAAGAAACAAGUCUGCCAAGUUGCUGUGAAGGGUGCCACCUAUGAUCAGAAUGCCAGGGCAUGCAGGGUCCUACUUGAGUUGCUGCACGAUGGCAAGCCCGAGUCCGAGGUGUUGGUGGUCCGGGGAAGCAUUAUUGAAGAAAUGCGAUCUUGCAUUUCGGAAGGUCGCCCCAUUCCAGAUUUUGAUGGGGCAGGACCCUAG